AUGCAGCAAAAGAUCUUGAUACGAGUGACUAUGACCGAUGACAAAACACGAGCAAAAGCAAUGAACAAAGCCGUUCAAUUUACAGGUGUGUCAGCCGUGGAAAUAAAAGGCGAUCACAGGAACCAGAUAGAGGUAACAGGUAACGAAGUUGACAUGAUCGGCCUCACCAAAAAACUCAGGAGGAAAGUAGCGUUUGCAGAGCUUGUUAGCGUAACCAAAGUCGAACCUCCAAAGAAACCUGAGGAGAAGAAGGAAGGGGACAAAAAGGACGCAGCUAAAAAAGACGGUGACAAAAAAGAUGGUGACAAAAAAGAUGGUGGUGAUAAGAAAGAUGGUGGUGAUAAGAAACCUCCAAAGAAAAAAGUCAUGCCAUGUUAUCCAUGUCCCCAAGGAUAUGGUGUGCCUUCCGCCUUUCCCUAUCCGUGCGACCCCCGCGACUACAUAGGGGAACCCGUUUACAAUCACGAACCCAAUUGCACAAUCUUGUAA